AUGGGUGUAGAGGUCAUCAGUUAUGAAAAAGCUUUAAGGGUUUUGGAGCUCAUUUCAACUGGCUUCAGUUUGUCAUUUGUGUUUCUAUCUCUUCUAGUUGUUUUGGGCAGAAAGAUAGAAGUUUAUCUUCAUUCAAAUCAAUUGAUCAAGCAAGAUUCAGAUGGGGUUAAUGAAGCUACUACCAUUUUCACUGAAAUUCAGAGUGUAGAAAUUGGCAAAACUUAUAAAGCUUCACUUUAUUGCUGCUUCUAUGUUUUGUUUCUACAAAUUGUGGUUUUGUGUUAUAAUGGUAUCUAUUUGAUCCAAGGGGGAAAGGGUAUUAACUUGGAGCCUUUGAUCUUGCCUACAUCUCAGGGUUUAUCUUGGUUAGUUUUGAGCUUUUCUGUUCAUAAUUGUAGGGUAAAACCUCUUGAGAAGUUCCCAUUACUAAUUAGGUUAUGGUGGAUUGUAUCUUUUAUCAUCUGUUUAUCUACCCUUUAUGCUGAUGGGAUGGAAAUUGGAAUUGAAGGAUCAAAACACUUGAAUUCACAUCUUGUAGCUAAUCUUGCAUCAACCCCAGUUCUUGGUUUCUUGUGUUUUGUUGGUUUGAGGGGUGUAAGUGGUAUAGAAAUUGUAAGGGGUUCGGAUCUUCAAGAGCCAUUGUUGGUGGAAGAAGAUGCGGGUUGUCUUAAGGUUACCGCUUAUAGUGACGCGGGUGUCUUUAGUUUAGCCACUUUAUCGUGGUUAAACUCUCUUCUAGCCAUCGGUGCUAGAAGACCGCUUGAACUCAGAGAUAUCCCACUUCUUGCUCCAAAAGACCGGUCUAAGUUCAACUAUAAGAUCGUAAAUUCGAAUUGGGAGAAGUUAAAAUCCGAAAAUCAGCCAUCUUUAGGUUGGGCUCUCUUUAGAUCAUUUUGGAAAGAAGCAGCCAAAAAUGCGGUUUUUGCAGGAUUGUACACUUUAGUUUCGUAUGUAGGUCCGUAUAUGAUUAGCGAUUUCGUUGAUUAUCUAGGCGGAAUCGAGACUUUCCCUCAUGAAGGUUAUGUUCUUGCUGGUGUGUUCUUUGUAGCUAAAUUGAUGGAGACUUUGACUACCCGGCAAUGGUACCUUGGUGUCGACAUUUUGGGAAUGCACGUGAGAUCGGCUCUCACCGCCAUGGUUUACCAAAAGGGGCUCCGUCUUUCGAGCUCAUCGAAACAAAGUCACACCAGUGGCGAAAUCGUAAACUACAUGGCGGUAGAUGUACAAAGAGUAGGAGAUUAUGCUUGGUAUCUCCAUGAUAUAUGGAUGCUACCAAUGCAGAUCAUUCUUGCACUUGCAAUUCUGUACAAAAGUGUCGGAAUUGCUUGUAUCGCGACUCUAAUUGCCACCAUUCUUUCGAUAGUUAUAACGAUUCCUCUAGCACAAGUUCAAGAACUUUACCAAGAUAAGUUGAUGGCUGCAAAAGAUGAUCGGAUGAGAAAGACGUCCGAAUGUCUUAGAAACAUGAGGAUUCUUAAAUCACAAGCUUGGGAAGAUCGGUAUAGAAGGCGAUUAGAGGAAAUGAGGAGUGUUGAGUUUAGAUGGCUCAAGAAAGCUCUCUAUUCACAGGCAUUCAUCACUUUCUUUUUCUGGAGUUCUCCGAUUUUUGUGGCUGCGGUCACUUUCGGAACUUCAAUGUUGAUCGGUCGUCAGCUUACGGCCGGAGGUGUUCUUUCGGCUUUAGCCACUUUUAGGAUCCUCCAAGAACCACUCAGGAACUUCCCUGAUUUGGUAUCGAUGAUGGCACAGACAAAAGUGUCUCUUGAUCGAAUCACUGGAUUCUUACAGGAAGAAGAGCUGCAAGAAGAUGCAACGAUUGUGUUACAACGAGGAGUCUCGAAUGUGGCAAUAGAAGUUAAAGAUGGCGAGUUUCGGUGGGACCCAUCUGUUCCGAGGCCAACGUUAUCUGGUAUUGAAGUGAAAGUAAACAGAGGGAUGCGUGUGGCGGUCUGUGGUGGUGUUGGGUCUGGUAAAUCAAGCUUUCUUUCUUGUAUUCUUGGUGAGAUACCAAAAGUUUCUGGUGAAGUUAAGAUAUGUGGGUCUGCAGCAUAUGUAUCUCAAUCUUCUUGGAUACAAUCGGGAAACAUAGAAGAAAACAUCUUGUUCGGUAAUCCAAAAGACAAAGCAAAGUACAAAAAUGUUCUUCACGCGUGUUCGCUCAAACGGGAUUUGGAGCUUUUUUCACAUGGAGAUCAAACCAUCAUCGGUGAUCGAGGCAUAAACUUGAGCGGAGGCCAGAAACAACGAGUUCAGCUAGCCAGAGCACUUUAUCAAGAUGCCGAUAUUUAUCUUCUUGAUGACCCUUUUAGUGCCGUGGAUGCACACACCGGUUCAGAACUGUUUACGGAGUACAUAUUGACAGCAUUAGCUACUAAAACUGUAGUCUAUGUAACACAUCAAAUUGAAUUUCUACCAGCUGCUGACUUGAUACUGGUUCUUAAAGAAGGUCAAAUCAUUCAAGCUGGAAAAUAUGAUGAUCUCUUGCAAGCAGGAACCGAUUUCAACACGUUGGUUUCAGCUCAUCAAGAAGCAAUCGAAGCUAUGGAUAUUUACAAUCAUUCAUCCGAAGAAUCAGAUGAAAACGACCCUCUUGAUAGGCCGAUUCAUAUGGGUAAGAAAUGUGAGUCAGUUGGAAGCAGUAUGGACCGAAUGGCAAAGGUUCCAACCGAAGGCCCGUCCCGUUCAGACCUUAAAGCAAUCAAAGAGAAGAAGAAAGCGAAACGUUCACGAAAGAAACAGCUUGUUCAAGAAGAAGAAAGGGAAAGAGGGAAAAUUAGUAUGAAAAUAUAUUUUUCGUAUAUGGCUGCAGCUUAUAAGGGCUUAUUGGUUCCGCUUAUUAUUAUAGCACAGACCCUUUUUCAGGUUCUUCAGAUAGCUAGUAAUUGGUGGAUGGCUUGGGCUAAUCCGCAAACAGACGGUGAUUCAGCUAGAGUUAGUAGUAUAGUGCUUAUUGGAGUUUAUAUGGCACUUGCUUUCGGGAGCUCGUGGUUUAUUUUCGUUAGGGCGGUUUUAGUAGCGACAUUUGGUCUUGCUGCUGCACAGAAACUGUUUAUGAAAAUGCUUAUAAACGUGUUUAGAGCACCGAUGUCUUUCUUUGACUCUACGCCCGCUGGACGGAUAUUAAAUCGUGUGUCUGUUGAUCAAAGUGUUGUUGAUCUCGACAUUCCUUUUAGACUCGGGGGAUUUGCUUCAACGACUAUUCAACUUCUUGGAAUCGUUGGUGUAAUGACUCAGGUUACGUGGCAAGUGUUGCUUCUUGUUGUCCCGAUGGCGAUUGCUUGCUUGUGGAUGCAGAAAUACUACAUGGCCUCGUCAAGGGAACUAGUGCGUAUUGUUAGCAUCCAGAAAUCUCCGAUCAUCAAUCUUUUUGGAGAAUCAAUUGCCGGGGCAGCUACAAUCCGAGGUUUUGGACAAGAAAAACGGUUUAUGAAGAGGAACCUCUAUCUUCUUGAUUGCUUUGCUCGUCCAUUCUUUUGUAGCAUUGCCGCUAUCGAAUGGCUUUGCCUACGGAUGGAAUUAUUAUCAACCUUUGUCUUCGCUUUUUGUUUGGUUUUAUUAGUGAGUUUCCCACGUAAAGCUAUAGACCCGAGUAUGGCGGGAUUGGCUGUGACGUAUGGUCUACAAUUGAAUGCACGGUUAUCACGGUGGAUACUUAGCUUUUGCAAGCUUGAAAAUAAAAUCAUAUCUAUAGAGAGAAUUCAUCAAUAUUGCCACAUCCCGAGUGAAGCUCCACCAAUUAUCGAAGCAUGUCGCCCCCCGCCCUUGUGGCCCGAGGAAGGAAACAUUGAAAUCAUAGAUUUGAAGGUUCGGUACAAAGAAAAUUUGCCGGUGGUGCUUCGUGGUGUAACGUGUGCAUUUCCCGGGGGGAAGAAGAUCGGGAUCGUUGGACGUACCGGAAGCGGUAAAUCGACUCUUAUUCAGGUGCUAUUUCGACUAAUUGAACCAGAAAGUGGCAGAAUUAUUAUUGAUAAUAUCGAUAUAUCAUCCAUCGGACUUCAUGAUCUCCGUAGCCGGCUUAGUAUCAUACCCCAAGAUCCCACCUUAUUUGAAGGGACCAUUAGGGGCAACCUUGAUCCCCUCGAAGAACAUUCCGAUCAAGAAGUCUGGGAGGCACUUGAUAAAUCUCAACUUGGAGACGUAGUUCGUGAGAAAGAGCUAAAGCUCGAUGCACCAGUUUUAGAAAACGGAGAUAAUUGGAGCGUGGGUCAACGGCAACUUGUUUCAUUGGGUCGGGCUUUGCUUAAACAGGCUCGAAUCCUUGUGCUUGAUGAAGCAACGGCUUCGGUUGAUUCAGCCACCGAUAAUCUUAUCCAGAAGAUUAUACGAACCGAAUUUAAGGAUUGUACUGUGUGUACUAUCGCUCAUCGAAUCCCGACUGUUAUCGAUAGCGAUCUCGUCCUUGUUCUCAGUGAUGGGCAAGUUGCGGAAUUUGAUUCUCCGGGUCGAUUAUUAGAGGACAAGUUUUCGAUGUUUUAUAAGUUGGUAACGGAGUACUCGUCUAGAUCAAGUGGUAUACCGGAUUGUUGACGAAGAAGAACGAGGGUACGUGACGCAUUACGAACCGGGCAAUAUUAAUUAAUAUUUGUAACAUAUAAAUACCUGAAAAUAAAAUUAAAAAUGAAGAAAAGGUAUAUAUAUAUAUGCAUUUGGUUGAGAAUUAAUAGGACAAUUUUGUAAUUAGAAUCUAAGAAAUAUUAUCCUUUCUAAUUCUACCAUAUUGACUAGAGCUAUCUUUGACUUUA